AUGUUGAUGGUGCUGAGUGUCAACAUUGGUAUGGGCCGUUUCUGGGUAAUUUUGCUGGUAUUCUCUCUGCAAUUCACUGAUGCCUACAAGUUCCUCGUUUAUUCGCCUCUGUUCGGGUAUUCUCAUACAAACUUCAUGGGAGUCAUCGCUGAUGUCCUUACUGAAGCUGGGCAUGACGUGACACUCCUGCUGCCGGUUAUGGAUUCGGAGGAGGGGAACAAGACUGGAGUGAAGCUAACAAAGAAAAUCAUCAAAACACCCAUCGAUCCACGAGUUGAUGAGAUGAUGAAAUAUAAAUCAGUCAUGCUGAGCCACAUGUGGACGAUGCAACCAACGGUUUUCGGGCUCUUACAGAUGGCACAUAACAUGACAACAUCGUUCACCUAUCUCUGCGAAGAUUUAAUAUCUGACGAUGCCCUGAUGAAGCGCCUGGCUGACGAGAAAUUCGAUGUUGGUAUCGCUGAAGCGUUCACCAUAUGUGGUCUAGGAAUAUUCGAGGUCUUAAAGAUCCCAUCAUCAAUUGCGACAUUUUCUGGCGUGCAUAUGGACAUCAUAUCGAAGAAUAUUGGAGAACCAAUAACUCCGAGCUAUGUUCCGGGAGCAAUGGCUACAGCAGGUGAUCGUAUGAACAUCAUCGAUAGAUUGAAAAACGUUGCUGAUGUGAUUCUUGGUCAGAAAUUUUUUGGCAAGACUUUCAUAGAGGAAACAAAAGUCUUGAGGAAAAAGUUUGGCCCGCAAUUCAGGGACUACGAGGCGAGUUCAAGAAUUACGUUCUUUUAG